AUGGCAACUAGUAGAAGAAUACCAAAGUCCCAAGGCGCGUUGACUGCCGUCAGUCUCUUGAUGGCCGUUUGUUUCCCAACCGCUUUUGGCUAUGAUUCUCUCAUGAUGUCUUCCUUGAAUGCACUGCCAAUGUACAAGGACUAUUUUGGAAUCACAGAUGCCACCUCCAACUUGAACACAGCGUCCAUGUGGAUAGGUCAGAUAGUGUCAGUGCUUAGUGUGCAGUAUUUCGCAGACCGUUUUGGCCGGCGGCCCUGCGCUAUCGGAAGCAUGCUUAUUGUCAGCUUAGGAAUCAUUCUACAGUCUGCAGCACAGAAUGUUGCAAUGUUUGUGAUUGGAAGAAUAAUUCUGGGGCUUGGGUUUGGAAUCGGAGCAGUUUCGGUCAGCGUUCUGGUUGCAGAGUUGACGCCGCGUAAAUGGAGAACAACGAUCACUGGUCUAUUUUUUACCAACUUCUUAUUGGGAGCCUUGAUUGCAUCGGCAGUGACAUACGGCUCCAUGGAUAUUCAGUCCACAUGGUGUUGGAGACUUCCUUCUGUUGUUCAGUCCAUCCCUUUGCUCUGCUCCUUUGUUUUUGUUUGGUUUUCACCGGAAUCUCCUAGAUUUCUGAUCUUGAAAGGCCGCGAAGAAGAAGCAAGGGAAAUUCUGGCCAUUGUCGAGAACACCACUCCGUAUGGUGAGGUUGUUGAGGACAUUGUUCUAAAAGGUAUGGAAGAAAGUGGGGACAAUCGUUCCCAGUUCAUUGUCUGGGGAGAGAUUCUUGCUACAGCCCCAGGAAGACGGAGAAUGCUUAUUUUAUUCAUCCAGUCAGCCAUAAUUGAGUUUGGCGGAUCGUCUGUUUGCUCAUAUUACCAGUCGCUUUUGCUGGGGCAGGCAGGAAUCACAGAUACAAAACAAAAGCUACAGGUGGGCAUUGUGUCUACCGUGUGGUGUCUCGUGUGGUCGAUUGCUGGCUCCUUUUCUUUCGAUCGGCUGGGUAGGAAACCAAUGGCUAUCGGGUCACUGUUUGGAAUGUUGAUUUCGUUUUUCAUAAUGGGUGCACUGAUGAAGACAUACAUGGAUGGCUCGAGCGUGUCGCCGUAUGGAACUGUUGCAAUGAUGUUUAUUUUCCAGAUGUUUUACUCUUUCACAUUUACACCAAUAGACUACCUUCAUUCGCCCGAGAUCUGGUCCACUAAGUACCGUGCUGCUGGAGUGGCAUGGUAUUCGCUUUCCAACAGCUGUCUUGGUCUGCUUUCUACCUUUACUCUGUCCAUCGCAAUGAGCAAUAUGUCCUACAAGUUUUAUUUUGUCAACGCGGGCAUCGAUCUCGUGUUUGUCCCUCUUGUGUACUUCAUAUGUGUUGAAACGAAGGGAAUCAAGCUGGACGAUGUGGAAAAUCUUUUUAUUUCAGCGCCAUACGGCAAAUUUGGCAACAGUUUUUUUGUGCCCGAAGACAUCGUCCAGGUGGAAGUUCUCGCUGCCGCAAAGAGCUAA